UGACUUUCAUUGCGUGUAUUGAGCCAAGUUCAGUAGUACGAAUUUCUGAACGAUGUCAGAAUGAUAACUAAUAGGUGUGGUAAUAUAACGAAAAGAUAACUUGAUUUUAGAUAGGUUAUUAACAACAAAUAACAAAAUUAUAUAGUACAGAGAAAUUAUAGGAAAUUAAUCUUACAAUACAGAUACUUUUAGUCAAAAAAUAUAACUCAAGCGAAACUCGGCGAAUGACAUUUAAUACGCAGUGUUGGUAGCAACAGAACGUGGCAACUUUCAUUCAUGUUUAUUUAGACUGCAAAAUUAAUUUGUACUUGACUGUUAAAAUAACUCAUUGCUGUAUACUGAAACUAUUAAUACGGCAGUCACCGAAUAAAUAGGGUCUAAUUUAAACACUGCAUUCUUGAAAAUAAAUAUUCUUUCUAUUAAAUUUUGUACCGUUUGUCUACCGGCGAAACUGACAGGCCACUAAAAACUCAAAAACUCCGCCCAGGGCGCUUUCACAGUCGUAAAACAAGGGUCAAUGGAGUGGAUGACAACACGAACUGGUUGCGUCAUAAUGCCUAAACUUGGAGCUGUAAAUGUGUUAUUGAUGUGCGUUGAAGGCUAGGAAGCUAGAAAUACGCAGUUGUACUUGAAUUCUAAUAUUUACCACUGUUUGAAGAAUGGGUAUAGUUUGUUACUGCAGGAAACAAUCAAGGUGUAUCUGUUUUGAAAGUAUGCAUAUGCCAUGUAUUCAAGAAAAUAAUGUUAUAUAAUCGUGAAGUCUACCAUGUGAACUAAACAAAAUUGUGUUGUGAGAUACGUGAAGGAUUGCUGUUCCCUGUAGCUAUGCAACCUACAGUAGUUUCCUUUUGUCUUUUCAUCAUGUUGAGCAUUUUGUUAGGUUGCAGAUCAAGUAUAGCAGAAAGUUCAGAUAAUCCUGAGCUGUGCAUUGUCAAUUCUUUGGUUACACCUUACUUUAUCCCUCUAUUGGAUACCCCUCGCAAAACACGAGGUUGCUCCAUUCCCUACAAAUCGGUAACAACUCGAACUCACUCAAAGUCACAGAGUCACCAUUUGGACAAAAAAGAGAUGCAUGUCAUGGCUCAUAAUGCUCAUCUCAUGCAAGAAGUGCAUGUUAUUAUGCUGUACAGUGUAACUGGCAGUUUCUUUGACCACCAUUUGAGGUCACAGACACCAUCUGUCAAACUCAGCGUGAAUUUUGGUCAAGGUGGGGCAAACAAUGAAUCAGAUGCCAAAGUACUUGGGCGUUUGAUUCUGGUACUUAAUUCGGAUCAUCCUGUGGCUUGGGAGGUGGUAGCAAAUCAUAACAGCAGAGAAGAUACCAAUGAUGAUUUGUAUUCUCUGCCUCAGCCUCUGAUUGUAGUGUCUGAGGGUUCUACUGUUGAAGGUAAUUUCAACUUCAACUUUUCACAUAAAAUAUGGCCUAACAAGAAGGCUCUUCAGCGAUUUGUGAAGAGGGAGUACUCAGCAUUAGCUUCGUACACAGAGGUGAAGGGUGCAAAUCAUAUGGAGUUGAAGGUUGGCUCAGUGUCAAGCUUGAUUCAAAACCCAGGUCUUGGAACUGAAUGUAAUGUUGACUCCUUGACAGAGAGUAGAGUUUUAACUGCCUAUUCAACUGUACAGCUAAAAACUGAGGGUUGCUUCCAUGAAGAUUAUAUUGGAGAUAACCAGGUGGAUGUGUAUGUGGUGGAACUAGAUGCAGGUGCUAAGGGAAAUCGACCAAAUCGAGGACCUCUUCCUGUAUUGAUACAGUUGCAGGGAGAAGGCAUUCAUCCUGUACCUCGUAAUGUUACACUUAUCCUAAAAUCUCACCAGCCAAUCCGAUGGCAGUUUGGAGCAAAUGGAAUAAAUGGAAACAUUGUAGUAGUUAGUGAUCUUGAGGACCUUGUUGAGAACUCUGCUGUUGGAGGACUCCAGAACUUGGAAGUACGUUCUAAACCUUUGCCAGAUAAUCUUCCAGAACUACUCCUGUCUGUAACUACAGAAUUUGGUCCACCUAUCCUGUAUGCUAAAACAGGCAGAGCUUCUACACUUAGAUUGUUGGUGGGAAUAACACGGAAUAAGGCUGGUGGGUUUUUUCAUGAGCUAAUAUUUUACCAUUAUAAUUAA